UAACGGCUGCCUGUUGCCUAGUAACAGAGCCCUCCUCUCACCUCCAGAUACCCACUGCGCCUGCGCGGUGCCGUCAGCUGGUGCUCAGAGGAAGCAGCAUCAUGGCGGCGGCCGCUAGCAGCGUGCAGUGCAGAGCCUUAAGGAGAGCGAUGUUACCGUCUUUAGUGGUGAUUCUGGGAGCUACCGGUACCGGGAAGUCCAAGCUGGCGGUGGAGCUCGGAAGACGGCUUCAGGGAGAGAUAAUCAGCGCUGACUCCAUGCAGGUGUACCAGGGCCUCGACAUCAUCACCAACAAGGUGACGGCUGAGGAGUGCGCUCAGUGCAGACAUCACAUGAUCAGCUUUGUGGACCCGUUGAUCAGCAGCUACACGGUGGUGGACUUCAGGAACAAAGCCCUGGCUCUAAUAGACGACAUGCACGGCAGAAACAAGCUGCCAGUCGUUGUAGGAGGAACCAACUAUUACAUUGAGUCUCUGCUGUGGAGAGUCCUGCUGGAUACAGGGGAGAACGAGGAGCCAGGGGACGCAGGAGACGGGGCUCCAAACAGGAAGCUGGAGCUGGAGAAACUGGGAGGAGCUGAGCUACAUAAGCGACUGGCAGAGGUGGACCCCAAAAUGGCGGCGAUGUUGCACCCUAACGACAAACGCAAGAUAGCCAGGAGUCUUCAAAUCCACGAGGAGACCGGCGUCUCCCAUAGCCGCUGGCUGGAGGAGCAAAGAGGGCAGGAGGGAGGCGAUGGGCUGGGGGGGCCACUGAGAUACCCAGACCCCUGCAUCCUCUGGCUGCACGCUGACAUGGACGCUCUAGACAAGCGGUUGGAUGCUCGUGUAGAUGAGAUGUUGUCUGCUGGACUCAUAGAGGAGCUCAGAGACUUCCAUGUUCGCUACAAUCAGCAGAAAGUCCAGGAUGACAGUCAGAACUAUCAACAUGGGAUUUUCCAGUCGAUCGGUUUCAAGGAGUUUCACGACUACCUGACCGCUCCUGAAAGCAGCACCCAGCAGGAGAAGGACACACUACGAGACAAAGGUAUAGAAGCUUUGAAGAUUGCUACGAGGCGCUACGCACGCAAACAGAAUAAAUGGGUCCGUAACCGCUUCCUUAAACGACCAGGAGAGAACGUGCCGCUGGUGUAUGGCCUGGAUGUGACGGACGUGUCGAAGUGGGAGGAGACGGUGCUGAACCCUGCACUGCAGAUACUGGACAGUCUCAGCAAGAGUGAGGAGCCAUCUAUUCAGCCAAUCAGAGUUCAGGGGGCGGAGCAGAGGAACAAACGGAGCCGCCAUACAUGUGAUCUGUGUGACAAAGUGAUCAUCGGUGACCUGGAGUGGACAGCUCACCUGAAGUCCAAAAAGCAUCACUAUCAUGUGAGGAAGAAGAGGAAGUCUGAUCCAGCCUGUGACCAAUCCCAGGUUUCCGCUGCAGCUCCCGUCUCUUCUGUGGAAAGCGUCUCAAAGGACUCUCGUGCUACUGUCGCCUCGGGCUGCACCGAAACCUCUCAGGAGUCUUCCCCAGACGCAAGGACAACACACAAGGAAGUACCUGUGACAUUUCAAGAGUGACGCAGACUCUGGACUACGUACAUCUUCAUUCAGGUUUCCACCACUGUUCUGCAGCACCAGCUGUCUCCUUACAGUCCUUAUGGGGCUACUUUCUUGCUUCCCAUUGAGUCGAAUCGAACUGUUUUUUCUCUCUAAUCCUGCUGCUCAAUCUUCUUAUUCGUCAGGGUAAAAGAAUGGAAUCGCCGACCUUCUCAUUCCUGUAGAUAUGUAGGAAUGAAUAAUACUGAAUGUGGAUAGCAAAGAACAUAUUUGAAAUACCGCAAAACAUUUUUUUACUUUCAUUCAUAGUUGCUCAGAGUGUGGAUCCUUGAAGCGAUUCAUUUUUGUUGUAGAGAUGCUGAAGGUCGGGACAAUUCAACAGUAUGGACUCAAAAGGAUGAAUUGGACUUUUGCCGCAUGCAGCCAAAGAACUAUAAUUUUUAAUAAUAUAACAUAUAUAUUUUCCCCCACUGCCUAUUAUAAGAGAGAGAGUUAUUUUUCUAUUUUAAAAUGAAACAAUCUUUCAUACCGUUUCAUACCAUCUUCCAUUUUGAACGUGUUAACAUUUCAGGAUGUACGUUUUUGUCCUUGUCUUUAUCUUAACCACCAUGCACUUUUAACGUCAUCCACUUGGUUUUAAACAUGUUCAAUAAACCAGAAUCUUAAAAGUUCUCUA